CAACCGGGCUCUGCCUGGGCCUGUACGAGCAAGGAGCUCCCUGCGGGCCUCAGCUCCUCCUUUUCCUCCUCCUCCUCCUCCUCCGGGAGAGGGAGGACGGAGGGAGGAGGCCCCAUCCGUGCCUCCCCGCCAGCGCUGCGUGCCGGGGCAGAGCCGCGUGCGAGCGGGGAGCGCGGGACGCCAUGGCCGAGCGGCUGUCGGAGGAGCAGAUCGCCGAGUUCAAGGAGGCUUUUUCCCUUUUCGACCGGGACGGCGACGGCUGCAUCACCACCAAGGAGCUGGGCACCGUCAUGCGCUCACUGGGGCAGAACCCCACCGAGGCGGAGCUGCAGGACAUGGUGGGCGAGGUGGACGCCGACGGCAGCGGCACCAUCGACUUCCCCGAGUUCCUCUCGCUGAUGGCGAGGAAGAUGAGGGACUCGGACAGCGAGGAGGAGAUCCGCGAGGCCUUCCGCGUCUUCGACAAGGACGGCAACGGCUACAUCAGCGCGGCGGAGCUGCGGCACGUCAUGACCAACCUGGGCGAGAAGCUGACGGACGAGGAGGUGGACGAGAUGAUCAAGGAGGCUGACUGCAACAACGAUGGGCAGGUCAACUACGAGGAGUUCGUGAGGAUGAUGACGGAGAAGUGACCUUCAUCCCCGGCCUGCAGGGAACCGAGGCCGUAGUGGCCCCCAGCCCCUCCAUCCCCUCACUGCCUUCUCUCCACCGUCCUGGGCUGGAAAAUCAUCCUUUACCCCAGCCGGAGCAUCGCCAGCCAGCGUCUGCGUCGGAUGCGGGCAUCCCACCCCAGCAGGACAGGGCUCGGGGAUGCUGCUUCUCCCCCGGGAUGCUGAUGGACAUGGGGGUGUCCCUCCUGCUCCCCCCCCACCCAAGAUACACCCCCUGCGUCUGUAGAGGGGACAGUGGCCACCGCGUGUCCCCCAGUACCACACCGAGCCCAAUAAAAUAUCCCCCCAUGUC